AUGAAUGUGACAUUAUUUCGGUGGCUACUUAUUGUAGUCACUAAAAUUAUCUAUUUUGUUGAUGCUAAUUGGGUUACAGGUAAUCUUUGUUGGUCAAUGCCAUGUAUGAAUGGAGGUUCUUGUUUUGGUUCAGCACAUACUUAUCUUUGUGUAUGUCCUAUAAAUUAUAGUGGAGCUUUAUGUGAAAAACGGCUUGGUAUUUGUCAAGAAAGUCCUUGUGGUAAUCGAGGUUUAUGUGUUGAAACAAGUUUAACUUCAUUUGAAUGUCGAUGUUAUUUUGAUUAUAUGGGUCCAUUAUGUGAAGAACAUGUACCGAAAGAUGAUCCUUCCGUAUGGUCAUCUCUUAUACCUGUGCAUACACGAGUUUUAUUUGAUAUAUUACAAGAAGCAUAUCGUGCAAAAGCUCAAGGUAAAUCAACAAUCCAUUCUAAUAGUAGUCCAGUAGAUUUUUGGGGUUUAUUAACUACUAAUGAUGCAUCAUCAUCAUCUGAUACAACAUCAUCAACAAUACUUAAAUCAAAUUUUAUAACUUAUUCAAGUGAGACAACUCAACCAGAAAAUGUUAUACGUGCUGAAGAUAUUCAACUUGAAAAAAUUUUUCCAAAUAUUAGUACAGCAUCAACAACUAAUAUGUAUAAACAAGAUUUGAUAGAAACAACAGAGUCAAAUACAUAUAAUAAUGAAACGAAUUUCGAAACAAAUAUGACUUCUUCUAUGGUAGCAUUUACAAUAGAAAAUAUUACAACAACUGUAUUACCUCCUUUAGAGACUAUCGAAUAUAUGAUGACAACAUCAUUCAAACAAAACCAAAAUAGUUCUUUAAAUAUUACUGAAGAUCAUGAAUUUAUUAAUAUUACUCAACAAUUUAACACAAUGAUAACUUCUACACCUUUUGAAUGGUCAAAUUCUAACAGUAGUAAUGAUACAACAACUGAUUUCACUCAUGAACUAAUACAAAAUUCAACUGAAAAAAACAAUAAUAAUACUGAAUCGAAUGAAUUUAUUCUCAAUACUACUUUUCAAACAAUUGAUUAUACUUCAUUCGAAACAAACAAUUAUUCAUCUAUUCAAAUGGAUAAUAAUCAAUUUAAUAUAUCAGAACAACCAAUACGUUCAACAAAUCAACCUUUAACUACUGAUAAAUUAAAUGACAUAAAUAAUAAUGCUCAUGAUGCACAAAAUCAAUUACUUUAUAAAUUAUGUCAACAACUUUUAUCUCAUAUUUUACCAAAUGUAUCAUCAUUAUCAUCAUCAAGUGCUAUUGAAGACGCUUUAUCAUUACUAUCAAGUUCAUCAUCAAUUGGUAAUAAUUCAGCUGAUGAACUUCUUACUUGGAUUAAAGAACAAUUUAGCCCGUCAACAACAACAACAACUACAACUAUUAGUACAACAACAACUACAACUAUUAGUACAACAACAACUACAACUAUUAGUACAACAACGACAACAACAACAUUAUCAUCAUUAUUAUUACGGGAAAAAAACUUAUCAACAAUGUCAUUACAACGAGUACAUAUGGAUGACGUACUUCAUCAAAUGAACAAUAAUAUUGAUGGUGACCCAUAA